CAGCGGCGCGCAGGCGCAGAGGGGGCGGCGGCGGCUCCGGGAGCAGCGCCGGGAAUCGCGCCGGGAAUCGCACCGGGAGCCGCAGUCAUGCCGGGGCUGCUGCUAGGGGAUGAGGCGCCCAACUUCGAGGCGGACACCACGCACGGUCGCAUCCGCUUCCACGACUUCCUGGGAGACUCGUGGGGCAUCCUGUUCUCCCACCCGCGGGACUUCACCCCGGUGUGCACCACGGAGCUGGGCCGGGCGGCCAGGCUGGCGCCCGAGUUCAGCAAGCGCAACGUGAAGAUGAUCGCGCUCUCCAUCGACAGCGUGCAGGACCACCUCUCCUGGUGCAAGGACAUCAAUGCCUACAACGGGGAGCAGCCUGCAGAGAAGCUGCCCUUCCCCAUCAUUGCUGACAAGAACCGGGAGCUGGCCGUCCAGCUGGGCAUGCUGGACCCAGACGAGCUGGACAAGGACGGGAUGCCCCUGACGGCUCGUGUGGUGUUCGUUUUUGGCCCGGAUAAGAAGCUGAAGCUCUCCAUCCUGUACCCAGCCACCACUGGGAGAAACUUUGAUGAGAUCCUGCGAGUGGUGGACUCCCUGCAGCUCACAGCGUACAAGAAGGUCGCUACCCCUGUGGACUGGAAGCCCGGUGACAGUGUCAUGGUCGUGCCCACCUUACCCGACGAGGAAGCCAAGAAGCUCUUCCCCAAAGGAGUCUUCACCAAGGAGCUGCCGUCGGGCAAGAAGUACCUGCGCUACACCCCGCAGCCAGAGUGAGGCGUCUGUCUGUCCGUCCUGCUGGGAUGCCGGAGCCUUCCCGAGCCCAGCUCCUGCCCCUCCGACACCGCACGACCCACGGCCUCGUCCUGUCACACCGCUGCUGCACGGCAGCACUGAACCAGCCCUCCUGUCCCCCCAGCCCCAGCCCCUCAGAAGCAGACCCUGGGUGUUUUCCUGCCCCAGAGCAGAACCAGACCCUGGGUGUUUUCCUGCCCCAGAGCAGAACCAGACCCUGGGUGUUUUCCUGCCCCAGAGCAGAACCAGACCCUGGUUGUUUUCCUGCCCCAGAGCAGCCCUGCCAGGACGACACAGGCAGAGCAGUGGGGACGCCGGGGCUCCUGCUGUGGUGUCCCUCCAGUUUGGUGCCAGCCACGAGGCGUGGUGAGAAGGGGUGUCCUGCUGGGACAGGGAGCUCUGGGGGCUCCAAGCUGCUGUGUGCCUUUCAGAGCAGCCAUCUAACCUUUGGUCCCAUGAGUUGGGGAGGAGCUGCAGAGCAAAAUCUCUCACCUCUUAACUGCUUUCUUGUCUCUUGCUGGAAGGUGAUGGUUUCCAGGUUUUGUGGAAGAGGGAGUCGAGCAAAUAAACUGACCUUCAGUACUA